GCCCUACAAAUCGUAGAAACGCCCCUGCCCGCGACCGCUGUGAUGUGUUGCCAGACCUGUAGUCUAUUGUAAAAACCUCAGCCAGGUAAAAGCCCAUUGCGCACGCAGACAGUCGCUGUAACUGGGUUGCCAGUUUAGGGUCAGGGCUGUCUCACUGACUGAAAGCCAACGAGAAGAGACCCAGCCCCUCUGCAAAAGCAGUCGAGAGAGAGAGUCGCGUCCGGGUUUCCACUUUCUUUCGAUUACUUUGAUAGCGGGACAGCAAACGGACUAAAUCUGGAAUGGCUCGUCGUAUUUUGGCACACACGUUCUAAAAUGCUCUAUGAGUGCGGGUUGUUAAUGUUACAGUUUAACGCAGGUUUGUUUUCCACCUCCACGGUGCACGGCUACUUCCUGGUGCUACAGAGAGAGGCAGUGCUGAGUUAAAGAGACAGAAAUACUGAUAGAAAUUCAGAUAGAAAAAAAAUACUGAGAGAAGAGAGGGGUUGGAAACGCGAUAGGAACAGUUGACUGGAUUCCCAGAAACUGAAUCCCCCCUCUCUCUUCUUAUUUAUGUCUAUUUUUUUUAGAUUUCUCCGUUGAAGCGAGUCGUUAUUCUUCGUUUGGUUUGUAAACUAGCAAACGGUUUGGAUGACGGUUGGCUGCGGCUAAAGCGGAAUUGUAACGGGGAACAUAUUCCUCCCUCCGACGGAGAAGCCUCGCUGUGAUUUUUUUUAACCUUUUUUAUUUCACACCAGACUCCUUCUUGUGUCAUUUCAACCCGCAAUAUCAUCCCAGGUCUCAUUUUUAAAAAGAAUAUAUAUAUAUUUUUUAACGAUUCCACAAGGAAGGGUUAGGGCGACGGAAGAUGGGUUGUUUGGGCAACAGCAAGACUGAAGAUCAACGCAUCGACGAAAAGGCACAACGAGAGGCUAAUAAAAAGAUAGAAAAACAGUUGCAAAAGGAAAGACAAGCGUACAAAGCCACACACAGGCUCCUAUUACUGGGUGCGGGAGAGUCCGGAAAAAGCACCAUUGUGAAGCAGAUGAGGAUUCUACACGUCAACGGCUUCAACGCAGAGGAAAAGAAACAGAAAAUCCAAGAUAUUCGGAAAAACGUGAAGGAUGCCAUAGUGACUAUAGUGUCUGCAAUGAGCACUUUAAUACCCCCAGUCCCGCUAGCCAACCCAGAGGACCAAUUCAGAAUUGACUACAUCAAAAGCAUAGCACCCCUCUCUGACUUUGACUAUUCACAGGAGUUCUUUGAUCACGCAAAGAAGCUGUGGGACGACGAAGGAGUGAAAGCAUGCUUUGAGAGGUCCAAUGAAUACCAGCUCAUCGACUGUGCACAAUAUUUCCUGGACAGAAUUGAUUCUGUAAGACAGAGCGACUACACGCCAACAGACCAGGACCUGCUACGCUGCCGAGUGUUAACUUCAGGGAUUUUCGAGACGAGGUUCCAAGUAGAUAAAGUGAACUUUCACAUGUUUGAUGUUGGGGGCCAGAGAGAUGAAAGGAGAAAAUGGAUUCAGUGCUUUAACGACGUCACUGCGAUCAUCUUCGUGGUGGCCAGCAGCAGCUACAACAUGGUAAUAAGGGAAGACAAUAACACCAACAGGCUACGGGAAGCUCUGGACCUCUUCCGCAGUAUUUGGAACAACAGAUGGUUACGCACUAUAUCUGUCAUAUUAUUCCUGAACAAGCAGGACAUGCUGGCUGAGAAAGUACUAGCUGGAAAAUCCAAAAUUGAAGACUACUUCCCUGAAUAUGCUCGCUACACCAUACCAAAUGAAGCAACUCCUGAACCCGGUGAAGACCCGAGAGUGACGAGAGCCAAGUUCUUCAUCCGAGACGAGUUUCUUCGGAUCAGCACUGCGAGCGGCGACGGCAGACACUACUGCUACCCCCACUUCACCUGCGCCGUUGACACAGAGAAUAUCCGGCGGGUGUUCAAUGACUGCCGGGACAUCAUCCAGAGAAUGCACCUGCGGCAGUACGAACUCUUGUGAUGGGAGACCAACUCCGUCAGCCUUCUGUGUUUUUUUUUUUUGUUUUUUUUUCUCCACCAUUCUGCAACCUUGACGAACCUUUUCUCCUGCUCCUCCCUGACUCUUCACCCCACAUCCCCAGAAGAAACCCACCCCGACCGCCCCUCCUGUCGAGGACUACGAAGUACUACUGAAGUGUGUCAAAUCCUCUUCCUCUUUUUAACUUCUUAGCUUUUUGUACUACUUUUUGUUUUCUCUCCGAGAUUUCGUCCCCAUUUCACAGAUGUAAAAGGAAAGCUGGGGAACAAAGUUGAUGUGUGCCGCUUCUUUUUUUUUUUCUUUCUUCUUCUUCUUUUAAUCCUUCCUUUUUGAAUGCCUUGAUUUUUGUCAUUCCACUAAGCCUUGGGCUACCUCCUUUUAUUUUAUUUUUUGCCCCUUUGUGUCCACUUUUUUUGGGCUUUGUCUUUGGACUUGGACUGGUGGGCGAGGACACAUAAAACACACCUGGAGGACCUCAGUGCAGAGGCAGUAUGUGUGUGUGUAAUGAAGAGAGGGAGGAAUGCCAUGUGAAUGAGUGUGUGUUUAACCGCCAUGACCCCUCACCACCUCUUGUAAUAUUUUUUUUUUUUGGCCUGUCACCCCGCCCUCAGCCUCUCUGACCGCCUUCUUCUCCCCGCGUUGAAGAUGGCUGGACGGAGAGGGAACCGAAUGGAUGAAGAGAUAAAUGCACUUUGCAUCAGGUUCCUUAAUAACUUUUUUUUUUUGUUGUUGUUGUCGGUGUUUUUUUGUUUUUGUUUUUUUUUUUCCAGAGGAAGCAUACACACAAUGUAGCAUCACAAUAUUUAUUAUCCUGUCGCCCUGCUUGCCGAGCUGCAGGGCGGACCGAGCAGCCGAGAAGACGUGUGGAGCGAGAGAUUAAAGAUGGGAGGGGGGCAGAAAUGACGGCGACUAGAAGACGGAUUUUAAUGAAGGAAAAGGGACUGAGCUCUCUGCACCUUAGCCCUGUUGCCUCCACGGACUCGGACCUGCCUCCUUUUUCCACACAAACCAUCCUUUUAGCUUAGAGAUACUGAUGGGGAGGAGGGUGGGUGGGACGGGAGAGAAAAAAAAUGUAUUGUUUUGUUUUUGGUUUUGGUUUUUUGGGGGGGUUUUUGUUAACUUGUACACUGUGCAAGGUUGAAUUAUCCUGUACAGACUGUAAAAUGUAAUAUUAUUUUGUACAACUUAAUUGAAAGAAAAACAAAUCUACUUGUAGAUCUUUGUGCCUUGAUUAUGGCUGUACCUGUAAAUGAGCUCAGAUGUAAGUAUGUUUUCAACUGCGCUGUACAGCUUGAUGUCAAACUCUAUCGGCAGCGAAAGACUGCAGGUAGGGGACUUUCUCUGUAGAGUUUAGUUUUUUCUGGUUUAUAAAAAAAAAAAGAAA